AACCGAGGGCCAGCAUGAAACAGCAGAGCAGAGAUUCUGCGCAGAAGAUAUAUAAGCACCGAAACUGCUCCUGACAGAAGCAGACUGCUGAAGCUGUGGUGACAACGAAAUAAUAAUAAAAAUAGAAUCAUUUGUGUCGACGAAACAAAAAAGGCGCCCGUUGCCAUGGAGCCGAUUACUGUAUUUUUGGCGGCUGGUCUCAUCGGCAUCGCUGUCCUGAUUCUGCUACGGGCUGAUAAGAAAAAAUCCGAAGUUGCCAGUCGGGUCAACAAACUGCGUGGGCCAACAAACUACCCUAUACUUGGCACUGCACCGCCCCUAAUCUUUCUCAAGAGAAAUGAGAUAUUCAAGUACGUCUUGACGAUCAGCCGCGUGUUCAGUCCGAUUUUCCGGACGUGGACUGGACGCAUACCGCAGGUACACCUUCAGAGGCCGGAAGACAUCGAGGUGAUUUUAAGAAGCAGCGAGCACCUGGACAAAGCUCACUUCUACAGGUUCCUGCAUCAGUGGCUUGGAACGGGCCUUCUCACAUCCACAGGUCAGAAGUGGCACACCCACAGGAAGAUGAUAACGCCGACUUUCCACUUCAAGAUCUUGGACAACUUCGUGGAAGUGUUCUCGGAGAAGAGCGAGAUUUUGGUCAGAAAGCUGCAGAAGGAAGUCGGAUCUCAGGGCUUCGACGUGUAUCCCUACAUCACCAAGUGCGCAUUGGACAUUAUCUGCGAGACGGCCAUGGGGACUCCCAUCUACGCUCAGGACGACAGGGGAUCGGACUACGUCAAGGCUGUGUACGACAUGAGCGAGAUUAUAAUGCACCGGAUGCUCCGGCCGUGGUUACACCCUGACUUCAUCUUCAAAUUCACGACAUUAGGGAAAAGAACUGACCAGUGUCUCAGAGUGCUCCACGGAUUCACCAACAGGGUUAUCCAAGAGCGCAAAGCGUCUCUUCAAGACUCGACACGCGGACAAACCUUUGCACCAAGUGGCGAGGACAUUUCCAUAGCCAAGAAGAGGAAAGCGUUCCUGGAUCUUCUGCUGGAGGCGUCAGUCGACGGCGUCAAGUUGACGGACGAAGAACUGAGAGAGGAAGUGGACACAUUCAUGUUUGAGGGUCACGACACGACCAGCGCUGGGCUGUCUUGGGCUCUGUUCCUCCUGGGACUGCAUCCACACAUCCAGGACAGGGCGUACCAGGAGCAGAAGAGCAUCUUCCAAGGGUCUGACCGCCCUGCCACGAUGAAGGACCUCAACGAGAUGAAGUACCUUGAGAGGGUCAUCAAGGAGUCCCUGAGAUUGUACCCCAGUGUUCCGGGUAUCGCAAGAACGCUCAAGAAAGACGUCAAAAUAGCGGGCUACGAUAUUCCUUCCGAAUGCACAAUACUCGUCCAAAUCUACGUCCUCCAUCGGAACCCCGAUCAGUUCCCCGACCCCGAGAAGUUCGACCCGGACAACUUCCUGCCGGAGAGGGCAUCAAAGAGACACCCCUACGCCUACAUCCCCUUCAGCGCAGGCCCCAGGAACUGCAUAGGGCAGAAGUUCGCCCUGCUCGAGGAGAAGACGGUGCUCUCCUACAUUCUACGUCACUACAAACUGCGUUCCCUUGACAAGAGAGAGGACGUCGCUCUGUUAAGCGAGCUCGUGCUGAGACCAGAAAAUGGAGUGAGGUUAGGUUUAUCUCUGCGGAAUGUUGGCAUGAAGAUAAGGAGAAAAUGCCACAGCAGUGGAAGGAAUUUAUUCCUGUAUCAGUUCCUAAGAAGGUAUUGGUUUGGAGCCCUGAAGGGAGGACACCGCUGGGAAGACCUACGAACAACAAUGGAUACCGUGACUCAGCUAUUUCUGCUGGGACUGCUGGUUGCAGUGGUCUUAUCGCUGUUUAUAAAAAGCACCGCCAGAGCUCACCUCAAACUCUUGGCAGAUCGUUUACCAGGUCCACCCUCCUAUCCCAUUGUUGGAACAUUAUUACCCCUCAUUCUGGGUCACAGAACAGAGCUGUUGUACAUGCGAAACAGAGAGUGCGACACGUACCAGCCUCUGUAUCGGACGUGGAUGGGGCACGUGCCAGAAAUAAACCUCACGAAACCAGAACACAUCGAGACAAUACUGGGCAGUAGUAAACACAUAGAUAAGUCAUUCUUGUACAAUUUCCUGCAUCCCUGGCUUGGAACAGGCCUGCUCACUGCCAAAGGUCAGAAGUGGCACACCCACAGGAAGAUGAUAACGCCGACUUUCCACUUCAAGAUCUUGGACAACUUCUUGGAAGUGUUCUCGGAGAAGAGCGAGAUUUUGGUCAGAAAGCUGCAGAAGGAAGUCGGAUCUCAGGGCUUCGACGUGUAUCCCUACAUCACCAAGUGCGCCCUAGACAUCAUAUGUGAGACAGCCAUGGGCACAGCAGUUCAUGCCCAGGAGGAAACAGAUUCAGACUAUCUGUCUGCUGUGUACGAUAUGAGCGAGCUGACACUAUUUCGCAUGAUUCGUCCGUGGCUGUAUCCCGACUGGGUAUUUCAGCUGACGAAAGCUGGCAGAAGACAUGACGAGUGCCUCAAAGUUCUGCAUGGCUUCACAAAUAGGGUCAUUCAAGAACGCAAGGAACUCCAUAAGCAAACACAAAAAGAAUACGAGACAUCGACUGCGACAGAGGAGGCCGCUCUAGGCACAAAGAGAAGGCUGGCGUUCUUGGAUCUCUUGCUGGAUGCAUCACACAACGGCGUCAAGUUGACGGAUGAAGAGCUGAGGGAGGAAGUGGACACUUUCAUGUUUGAAGGUCAUGAUACUACGAGUGCUGGUAUCUCCUGGGCAGCCUAUUUGUUAGGCCUGCACACCGAUAUACAGAACAUCGUAUAUGAGGAGCAGAAGAGCAUCUUCCAAGGGUCCGACCGCCCUGCCACGAUGAAGGACCUCAGUGAGAUGAAGUACCUUGAGAGGGUCAUCAAAGAGUCUCUGAGAUUGUACCCCAGUGUACCCUUCAUUUCCAGAGAAAUAACAGAAGACGUACAAAUAGACAAAUAUACAAUACCCGCUGGAGUAAUAGCAACAGUACACAUCUGCUUCCUCCAUCGGAACCCUGAUCAGUUCCCCAACCCCGAGAAGUUCGACCCGGACAACUUCCUGCCGGAGAGGACAGCAAAGAGACACCCCUACGCCUACAUCCCCUUCAGCGCAGGCCCCAGGAACUGCAUAGGGCAGAAGUUCGCCCUGCUCGAGGAGAAGACGGUGCUCUCCUACCUCCUGCGUCACUACAAACUGCGUUCCCUUGACAAGAGAGAGGACGUCAGUUUGACGGUGGAACUAAUUUUAAAACCAGAAAAUGGUCUCAAAGUCGUCAUCUCACCAAGGGACUCACUUUAAAAAUAAACUACGGCCUUAGUAUGUUAACACUUGU